AUGGAGGAUCCAGUUACAAGAUUUUAUAAAUGUAGAAAAACUUGUUGUGAAAUGCUUGAAGAUAGGGGAUAUAUUAUAACACCAAGAGAAAAACUUGAAAAUUUUACAGCAUUUAAAGAAAUUUUUGAAGAAAAUGAAAAAUUACGUUCUAAGAUGACUAUCAUUACAAGUCAUAAGAAUGAUUCUAAUAAUAAGAUUAUAGUCUAUUUUGCUGAUGAAAUUAAAAAAACAGGAGUUAAACCAUUAAGAGAAUUAACUGAGAAAAUGGAUGAAAAAUCCAUACAAAGAGCUAUACUUGUUACACAAAAUACAUUAACACCAUUUGCUCGAGAUGCAAUUAAAGAAGCAGCACCAAGACAUAUUAUAGAAAAUUUUUUAGACACAGAAUUAUUAGUUAAUAUAACAAAACAUGAAUUAGUUCCAAGACAUAUUCCUUUAUCUAGUGAGGAAAAAAGGAACUUAUUACAAAGAUAUAAAAUUAAAGAAAAUAAAUUACCAAGAAUUCAAGAUGUAGAUCCUGUAUGUCGAUAUUUUGGUUUAUCAAAAGGACAAGUUGUUAAAAUAAUUAGACCAAGUGAAACAGCAGGAAGAUAUGUAACAUACAGACUUGUAGUUUAA